CAACAGCACUGUGUCUGCUGUGGAGACCUUCAGGUUUCUGGGAUCAACAAUCUCCCAGGACCCAAAGUGGACCCCCAACCUCAACACUAUCCCAGACAAGGCCCAGCAGAGGAUGUACUUCCUGCGCCAGCUCAGGAAGCUCAACCUGCCUCAGGAGCUGCUGAUUCAGUUUUACUCCGCUAUCAUCCAGUCUGUUUUCUGCACUUCUUUUGCUGUCUGGUUUGGAACGACCACCGAACAGGACAGGAACAGACUACAACGGACUGUCAGGUCUGCAGAGAGAAUCAUUGGUGCCAAUCUGCCCUUCAUCCAGGACUUGAACGUCUCCAGAGUCAGGAAACGGACAGCAAACAAUACUGCAGACUCAUUACACCCUGGACACAACCAGUUCGGCGCUACAGAGCACUGUAUGCCAAAACCACCAGACACAGAAACAAUUUCCGCUUCCGCUGGCUGUCACUCUCAUGAACAAUUAAUCAGACAUACUGCACUAUUACCUCCAUUUCAUUGUCAUUGUUAUGUUUUAUGUUCAUAUAUAUACUUUUGUAUAUAUAUUUAUAUUGUAGAUAGUAGUUAAAUGUCUAUGCUUACCUCUGUUAUACUUUGUUGUCCUUGUUUUUUAUGUAUUGUUUAUUUCUGUGUAUGCACGUUGAGGGCAACGGAAAAACCAGAGUCACAUUCCUUGUAUGCCUAGCAUACAUGGCCAAUAACGCUGGUUCUGGUUCUGGUUCUCAACAGGGUCCCUCUAAAGGAUCACAUGAGAAAUCUAAGGGGUUGUGAGAUAGAUAAUGAGAGAGAAAAAGUACAUUACAUUUUUUUGCAAAUCUGUGCAUUAGGAUACCUGGAUUAUUUGACCUCUUGAUCAGUUAUUUAAAUAAAAACCAUCUGAGAAGUUAAGAGGGGAAACAACUCAAACACUAAACACUGACUUUUAGUAGAAAGAAGAGUAUAGUCACAAGCCAAAAACGUUGGAAGGGUUAGAGUCUUCUUUCUGUGUAAACAUGUUUUAAAGUUCAACAACUUCAACAACAAUGAAACACAGUUGAGGAAGGAUGGAGAAGACAUGUUGGACUAAAAAGAUCAACAUUGAAAGACCACCACUUGAUUGGACCGACCCAGGAUAAUGAAGCUUUAUGUUAUUUCUACUUUUAGGAGUAGGACUGUAUUUUGUCGCCCAUCUCUUACAACAAAGCAAAUAAGAAAAAGAAAAUGAUCUCUUGACAGCCAGUGGGGACAGGAGAAACAAUUACAGUAACCAAGAUGCAUCCCACGGUACAUACACAGUCAGUGGCUGCUUUAUUAUUACUAAAAUAUGAUGUGAUUAGGCAACAUGAUGUUAUUUGUAUUGAGUAUUCGAAUUGAAUUAUUUGAUCAUAAGGAGGCGGAUGUCAGUGAGAAGAAGCUUAGGGCGCCCUCUAUUGUCGACAUAUUUAACUGACGGACAGGAAACGGACUUUUUCUCUUCACUCAUCCCCCCUUCAUUACGAAGACAAGCGCAUGCAGACAACAGGGGACCGAGCCGAGAAAAAUCUGGGAGGAAAGAAAAAUAAAUCCAGGGAUCUGAGUCAGCAGCAACAGCGGCUUCAGUCUGCUUCUCCUCCUCAACUUCCGUGGAUCGAUUUCAGCUCCGAUCACCGCACAAUCAACACUUUAACGUUGAUCACUGAAUAUGCAUGAGUCUACAUAACAAUAGGAGGUAAACUGUGGGAGGUAAGAGACCAAGCCGAAACACAGAAGAGAAGAGUCUGUCUCGAUGAGAAGCUUUGAUGAGCAAGAGGAUUAAAACAGAUCUGACCACUCACCACGUGUCGCUCUACUAAACAUUAUACUAAACCGCAAAGCUUCAUGUCCCUCCGAGUUUCAGCCAUGAGUGUUCUUCCUCCUGUCCGAAAGGACCGUAUCAUUGCUCAGCUCCCUCAGUAUUUCAGCAAAGCGGCAGCCUUCCACACUCAGAAGGAUUUCAACAAUAAAGUGAAGACGGCCUGUCAGGAGCAGCGUACCGGCACUGUGGGCAGAUUUAAAAUCUCUAAGGUCAUUGUUGUGGGUGACCUGGCUGUGGGGAAAACCUGUCUGAUUAAUAGAUUUUGCAAAGAUGCUUUUGAUAAAAACUACAAGGCGACGAUCGGUGUUGACUUUGAGAUGGAGCGCUUUGAAGUGAUGGGUGUUCCUUUCAGCCUUCAGCUCUGGGACACUGCAGGCCAAGAGAGGUUCAAGUGCAUUGCCUCUACGUACUACAGAGGAGCCCAGGUUGUGAUCAUCGCGUUUGAUGUAACUGACGUUGCCUCUUUGGGCCAUGUGAGACAGUGGCUCGAAGACUCCCUGAAAGAGAACGACCCCACUGCUGUUCAGCUGUUCCUUGUUGGCACGAAGAAAGACCUGAGCUCUCCUGCACAGUAUUCUCAGAUCGAACAAGAUGCCCUCAAUAUAGCACAAGAGAUCAGAGCAGAGUAUUGGGCUGUGUCGUCGCUGACAGGGGAAAACGUCAAAGAGUUUUUCUUUCGAGUUGCAUCGUUGGCCUUUGAGAACAACGUUCUUGCCGAGUUGGAGAAAACUGGGCCGAGGCAGAUUGGGGGCGUCGUCAGAAUUAACAGCACUUCAAACAAUGUGUCCGCUUCAUCAAAGAAGAAGCAGCCAAACUGCUGUCAGUAAGAAUGGCAGCAGAAGUUUAAAGUCAAAGGUACAGACUGAGAAUGAGGGAAAAGACUGGAGGUAUUUCUGUGGUCAAGGCAGGAGGAGGGACGCUGGAGUUCUACUUCCUGACAUGUUUGAGUUCAGUUUUUCCUGGCCUAGAAAGAGUUUUCCUCUGUGGGAUGUGGAUUCUUGUGGUGUUGCUCAGCUUAACUUGUCUGGAGUUACAGAGUGACUCAGCAAUUAUACUCAAAAUGACUGUUCUGUUACUGCAGAGAUGCCAAAGAGUGACUGUGGAUGCUUUUAACAUGGCGUAUGUGUGGAUGCUUAAAUAUUCAGUCUCGCUGCUGUAUUUUGUUUAACAAUUAGGAUUUUUCUUCACAAUAUUCUGGUUUACAAAGUCGGUUGUUUUAAAUGGCAGUUUUUACUUGGUACUUAACCUCUUUUCAUGAUAUAUUUUACAUGUAAUAAAAUAUAUGUACAAAACAAAUACCUUUCAAUGUGUUAUUUAGUUGAAAUCACAGUAUAUCUUGUCUUAUUUUAAGGAAACAGGAAUUCCACUGUAUUUCUUAAAAAAUAAACAUAUGCUGAUAAACUUUCUUGACCAUCUCAGUCAGCAAAUGGCACUAUUCCCCUUUUCUUCUUCACUGAAGUUGAAGCUGUUGAAGGAAUCAAGAUACUUCUGGUCAAUUUGGCUCUGGAGCUCUUCAGGGAUGCAGUGAGAGAAUUUGUAAUUUUCUUUAAUCCACUUCCCUCCUUCAGUGUUCUCGAUGGCCACGGCUGCUACACCUGCAAGAAAGUGUAAUACUUUUUACAUUUUAAAUGUUAUAUUAUUCUAUGAUAUUUGAUUUAUGUUAUACAUUUUAACCAGUGGUGGA